AUGUCGAAAAACUUUUAUGUUGAAGAAAUCUUACAGCAAUUGACUUUGGAUGAGAAAAUUAGCUUGUUGGCUGGUCGGGAUUUCUGGCAUACAGUACCAGUCAAGCGGUUAAAUAUUCCAUCGAUUCGAACUAGUGAUGGCCCCAAUGGUGUCAGAGGAACCAGAUUUUUUAAUGGAGUAAAGUCCGCUUGCUUUCCAUGUGGAACUGCGUUGGCUUCAACCUUCAACAAGGAGUUGUUAAAUGAAAGUGGUAAGCUCAUGGGAGAAGAAGCCAAACAUAAAGGUGCCCAUAUUUUGUUGGGACCUACCACCAAUAUGCAAAGAGGACCUUUAGGGGGCCGUGGGUUCGAGUCUUUCAGUGAGGACCCAUACUUGGCUGGAAUGGUAUCUGCUGCCAUUGUCAAUGGUGUGCAAAGCGAACAUGUUGCAGCCACCAUCAAACACUAUGUUGGUAAUGAUUUGGAACACGAGCGUAAUGCUAGUGACUCAAUUGUUACUCCUCGUGCAAUGCGUGAAAUCUACUUGGAGCCUUUCCGCUUGGCAGUCAAGCACGCGAAUCCCAAGGCUUUCAUGACUGGUUACAACAAAGUUAAUGGAGAACAUGUUUCUCAAUCAAAACUCUACAUUGACGAGAUAUUGAGAAAAGAGUGGAAUUGGAAUGGACUUGUGAUGUCUGACUGGUUCGGAACUUAUACCACGAACACCUCGAUUGAAAACGGAUUGGAUUUGGAAAUGCCUGGUCCUACCAGAUUCAGAACUCAAGCUGCUGUGGGCCAUAUGAUCCAAACCAGAGAGUUGCACAUUAACGAUCUCAAUGCCAGAGUUCGUAAUGUGUUGGAAAUAAUCAAGUAUGCGCUUGACUCUGGAAUUCCUGAGGAUUGUCCUGAAGACGAAAAAAACAACACUGAGGAAACAGCAAAGCACCUUCGUGAAGUUGCUGGAGAGAGUAUUGUGUUAUUGAAAAACGAGGGCAUCUUACCAUUGCAAAAAAAUGAAAAAAUUGCUGUUAUUGGUCCCAACGCAAAGAUAGCUGCGUACUGCGGAGGUGGUUCUGCUUCAUUGAGAGCUUACUAUACGGUGACCCCAUACGAGGGUAUCACCAAAAAAUUGGGAAAAGAGCCUCCAUAUACCACUGGUGCUCAUAGCCACAAAACCUUGCCAGAUAUGGGAAGAAUCACCAAAAACCCUGUAACCGGUGGAAUGGGACUCAACAUGAAGUUCUUCCACGAGCCUCCUACAGAAAAGACAAGAACUCAAUUUGACGAGGUGGAUAUCGACACUUCUCAGGCAUUUUUGGCAGACUACUACAACAAAAAUUUAAAAGGAAAUUUGUUCUGGGCCGAUAUCGAAGGUGAAUUUGAAGUGGAUGAAUCUGGCGAGCAUGAGUUUGGCUUGACGGUGUGGGGAAGUGCACAAUUGUUUGUUAACAAUAAACUUGUGGUAGACAACACCAAGGACCAAGUUGGAGGAGAUGCGUUUUUCAACUUAGGCACAAUUGAGCAGAAGGGAACCAUCAAGUUGGAAAAAGGUGCAAACAAUAAGAUAAGAGUGGAGUUCGGUUCUGCUCCUACAUCCACCAUCAAGACUCAAGAUUCAGUUGAUUUCGGUGGAGGUGGAGCUGUGCGUUUUGGGUUCGCCCAGAUUAUCGAUCCACAGGAGGAAAAUCGCCAGGGCAGUUGA